AUGGAUAAAUCUUGGAUUGGAAUGCCAAGAAACACAUCGGAGUAUUUGCUUGGUUUGAAUCAAUUUCUAGAUUUUGAAUUUAACAAUGGAUCUAUAGGAGAUAAAUAUGAAUGUCCAUGUCCUAAAUGUGGUUUUGGAAAGUGGCAAACUAGAAAUAUAGUGUUUGACCAUUUGAUCAACAAGCCGUUCCCAAAGAAUUAUGUCACUUGGGUUAUGCAUGGAGAAAUGAAUGUGCUUCCUAAUUCGAGAAACACAGAGACCACUCAAGCUACACCACCCACUGAAAAUCCAAUAGAAUUAUUGGUUAAUGAAGCAUUCGGGGGCUUAAGGCAUGAGGGUGUUGAUGUAGGUCCAUCACCGGUCGUGGAAGAAGAAGAAACGUUACAUGAUACGCCUGCUAUAAAUAAGAAAAAUUUAUUUGAGUUGCUUAAAGAUGGAAGUCAAGAAUUGUAUGAAGGCUCCAAGUACUCAAAGUUGGAAUUUUUGUUAAAGCUUUAUCACAUUAAGUGUUUGUCUGGAUUAAGUGAUAAGAGAAUGACUAUGAUCCUAGAUCUACUUAGGGAUGCAUUUAAAUUUGCUAAGAUCCCUGAUUCUUUUUAUGAGGCAAAGAAAACCAUAAAUAAGUUGAGUCUUGAUUGUAUCAAAAUAGAUGCUUGUCCAAAUGAUUGCAUGUUGUAUUGGGAAGAUGAUGUUAAUGUCGAGACAUGCAAGUAUUGUCACACUUCUAGAUGGAAGCCAAAGAAGAAGAGCAAUACAGAUCAUACACCGACCACACGUAAGAAGAAAAAGAAGAAGCAAAAGAAGAACCCUGCAAAAAUUUUGCGAUACUUUCCCUUAAAACCAAGAUUGCAAAGAUUGUUCAUGUGUUCUAAAAUUGCAAAGCAUAUGAAAUGGCAUGCAGAGGAUGAUAACAAAGAUGGAACCCUACGACAUCCUAGAGAUAGUGAGGCGUGGAAGAAGUUUGGCCUAGCUAGUGAUGGUUUCAAUCCUUUUGGUACAAUGAGUACUAGUCAUAGCAUUUGGCCUGUUAUUUUGGUUCCAUACAACCUUCCUCCAUGGUUGUGUAUGAAACAACCAAAUUUCAUCCUCUCAAUGAUUAUUCCAGGUCCACGUGCACCAAGAAAUAACAUAGAUGUAUACCUCCAACCCUUUAUUAAGGAGUUGAAAGAGUUGUGGAGUGAUGGUGUUGACACUUUUGACUCAUCAAAGAAUGAAAUGUUUAGAAUGCGAGCGGCUCUUAUGUGGACAGUUAGUGACUUUCCUGGACUUGAUAGCUUAUCUGGUUGGAACACACAUACUGGUCUUGCAUGUCCCUCGUGUAAUUUUGACGCAGAACCUUGUCGACUUCCUUAUAGUAGAAAGUGGUGUUUUAUUGGCCAUCGUCAAUUUUUAUCUAGAAAUCACAAAUUUAGAAUGAUGAGGCAUCAUUUUGAUGGAACUGUGGAAGAGAGGACCCCUCCAAAGAAGUUAUCAGGAUCAGAUAUUUUUCAACAAGUGAAAGAUAUCAAUGUCACAUUUGGAAGACCGACAGAGUUGAAUCGUAAAAGAAAACGAAACAAGCAAACAAAUGAUGAUGAAGGUGGAACUCAACAAUGGAGAAAAAAAAGCAUCUUCUUUGAUCUUCCAUAUUGGGAGUCUAAUUUGUUGCGCCACAAUUUAGAUGUUAUGCAUAUUGAAAAGAAUGUGUUUGACAACAUCAUAUAUACCUUGCUAAAUGAUAAAGAAAAAUCAAAGGAUCAUAUUAAGGCUCGAAAAGAUCUACAAGACAUGGGUAUAUGGCACGAUCUAUGGCCGGAUGAGAAUGGUGAAUGUCGGCUUGGUGCAUUUACAAUUCCAAAGAAGAAGAAAUUGACCUUCCUCAAGACUUUAAAGAAUAUCGUAGUGCCAGAUGGUUAUGCAACUAAUAUAUCUUGUUGCAUUGAUUUGGAUAAAAAAAAAAUCUUUGGAUUAAAGAGUCAUGAUUGUCAUAUCCUCAUGCAACAGUUGUUACCGAUAGCAAUUCGCAAUGUUCUUCCAAAUCAGGUCGUUGCAACUCUGGUAGAGUUUUCUUCCUCUUUUAGGCAACUUUGUAUGAAGAGCUUAACCAUCUCUAACCUGGAAAAGCUACAAAAUCAAAUUGUAGAAACCUUAAGUCAUCUAGAGAUAUUAUUUCCCCCUUCAUUUUUUACUGUAAUGAUUCAUCUGACUGUCUAUCUAGUUGAUGAAGUAAAACAAGGUGGGCCUGUACAUUAUCGCUGGAUGUAUUUUGUUGAAAGAUUGUUAGGUCAUUUUAAGUCUCUCGUACGAAAUAAAUCUCAAUCAGAAGGCUCAAUAGCUGAGGGGCAUAAGGUUGAAGAAGUUCUAACUCUUUACUCUCGUUAUUUUGACGAAAUUGAGUCAAGGUUGAAUCGACCUAAACGUGUAAACGAUGAACCAAAUCAUAAUGAAGCUUCUGGAAAGUCAUCUAUAUUUCCACAACAAGAUAGGUGUGCAAGACAAGAAGACUUGCCAUAUUAUGGAAAGUUAGAAGAGAUUAUAGAGCUUAAUUAUUAUGGCAGGUUCAGAGUUAUUCUUUUCAAGUGUCUAUGGGCUGAUACUACUCGAAAUAGAGGGUACAAACCAGAUGCUUGGAAGUUUAACUGUGUCAAUUUUUCUAAAUUGAUUCACACUGGUGAUCGCGAGGAUCAUGAUCCAUAUAUUGAAGCAUCACAAGCAAAUAUGGUCUACUAUGUUGAUGAUGAAACUGAUAAAGAAUGGAGUAUCGUUGUACAUCUAAAGCCAAGAGAUUUGUUUGAAAUGGGAGAGGUUGAUGAAGAGGAUCUAUACAAGAAUGAGCCAUACCAACAACAAGAAUUUGGACAAUUUUUUGAUGAUGACUACGAGAAUAUCCAAAUUGCAAUAGAUGAGAAUAUGAAUGAAUGA